GUGCCUGACUACCCCUCCCACAUCAAGCACCCGAUGGACUUCUCCACCAUGAGGCAGCGCAUCGACGCUCAGGCCUACAACAACUUUGAGCAGUUUGAGAACGACUUCAACCUCAUUGUGGAUAAUUGCAUGAAAUACAACUCAAAGGACACUUAUUUCUACCGGGCGGCCGUUCGCCUCCGAGACCAGGGCGGGUCCCUGCUGAGGAAGGCCCGGAGAGACGUGGAGAUGAUCGGCUUCGACUCGGAAAGUGGCAUGCACCUACAGGAAGCUCCGGAAAUCAAAGCAGAAAGAUCCUUUUCCUGGGAGGACGUUGACCGCCUACUAGUACCAGCCAAUCGGAUGCAUCUGUCUCCAGACAAGCAGCUGCAGCAACUGUUGGAGAAGUUUGACCUGACCUGUGCCAUGAAGUCCAGCCCCUCCCGCAGCAAGCGCUUAAAGCUGCUCAAGAAGACCAUCAACGAUGUGCGCAAUGAAAUGAGCCUGAAGAGGGUCCUGCCCUCCCACCACCAUCACUAUCAUCACCACCAUCACCACCACUCUUCUUCUUCCUCCUCCACAACCCCCUCCACAUCAGCGUCAUCAACCGCCUCCCACCCAGAGUUGAGUAAACCUAAAGAGGAGACAUCGAAGCCCAAUGGGCACUUUCCAGAUGAUGAGGACUGA